AUGGGUCGCGUCGUGACGACCAUGUCAGAUUUCCUCCGCCAAUGCGGCGGCGUCGCCGUGAUCGACGGCGGACUCGCGACGGAGCUCGAACGCCACGGGGCCGAUCUUCACGACCCUCUUUGGAGCGCCAAAUGUCUCCUCUCCUCCCCUCACCUCAUUCGCGCCGUACACCUUGAUUACCUUGAAGCAGGUGCAGACAUAAUAAUCACAGCUUCCUAUCAGGCGACCAUACAGGGGUUCAAGAACAAAGGAUAUUCUCUGGAGGAAAGUGAGAACUUGCUGAGAAAGAGUGUUGAAAUCGCACUUGAGGCACGAGAAAUUUACGUCAGCCGAUGCCUUGAGGCUCUUACUGAUCAAUCUCCCGAAAAUGAUAGAAUUCUCAAUCAACGGAUGAUAUUAGUUGCUGCAUCUGUGGGGAGUUACGGGGCUUACCUAGCCGAUGGUUCAGAAUAUAGUGGUGAUUAUGGAGAUGCUAUGGAUCUUGAGUUCUUGAAGAACUUCCAUAGAAGGAGGGUCAAGGUUCUUGCAGAUACUGGUCCCGAUCUUAUCGCAUUUGAAACUGUGCCCAACAAGCUUGAAGCGCAGGCUUUUGCUGAGCUUCUCGAGGAAAACGAGAUUGAUAUUCCCGCAUGGCUGUCAUUCAACUCGAAAGAUGGUGUUAACGUUGUUAGCGGUGAUUCUUUGCUCGACUGCGCUGCCAUUGCUGAGUCAUCCAACAAAAUUGUUGCUGUCGGGAUUAACUGUACGCCACCAAGAUUUAUCAUGGAUCUUAUUUUAUCGAUUAAGAAGGUGACGAAUAAACCGAUACUCAUUUACCCAAACAGUGGAGAGAGUUAUGAUGCUGAUCUGAAGGAGUGGGUGCAAAACACGGGAGUUUCAGACAAAGAUUUUGUUUCGUACGUGAACAAAUGGUGUGAGGCAGGGGCAUCUCUCGUUGGAGGUUGCUGCAGAACAACUCCUCAAACUAUCAGAUCAAUUUGCAAAACCCUCACCACUAGAUUUUGA